UCUCACUGUAUUAGAUAACAAGGCAAUGGUGCAGGUGUAUGUACGUGGUACAAUCAAGGGUGUAUAGGCUGCUUGUGCACAGUGUACAUGUAGGUAGUCGUACUGGCAGGUACUGGAUGGGAUUGUAGUAGUCUGGGGUCUUCCUGCGGAUCCUCACGGUUGGGCAAGCUGCCAAGGCAUCCCAACAUGUAACCCCUUCUCUCAUCACUGUACCAUCCAUUCCUGAUGUAUAUUGUCUCCACACUCAGGAAGACAAAAUAUCCCUGUGAACCAGGGCGUUUGUUUCCAGUUAAUACACAACCUGGGACACACUAACUAAACAAUCUGGCCUGGCGAGGGGGGCUGAUAUCUGCGCUGUCGUUGUCGUACAGGACUCACCCUAGCCAGGGUUUCCUUCGUGGGUUAAAUUAUCCAGCCAGCAGGGUAGCACUAGGAGCUAGCAAGGAGCGGCUGAGUGGUGUGUGUGUGUGCGAGGGGCAUCGUCUUGCCGGUGUGUGAGGUAUACAGCAUCAUCAUGGGCACCUGCAUGGGUAACCGUCGAAGCAGCCACUCCUCAACAGAAGAGAAAGAUAAGGAGAAAGAACGAGAGCAUCGCUCCAGCAGUAAUGCCUCAGCCAAGACCCCCACCCAGACCCAGCAGGAGAAACGCCCCAGUACCAACCCACCCCUCGCUCCACCCCAACCAGCAGAAAGCCCACCUCAUCAAGCCCCUCCUCCUUCGUCGACCCCGAAGCCGGCUCCAACGUCCUCACCAAUGGCUAAACCAGCAAGUAAGACAAGUGGAGGGUCCUCAUUGCCAGACUUGGUUUGCUACAGCGAGGACGUCAGGAACAUGCUCCUAGGGAAGGUGUCUUCAGUGAAGUGUAAACCACAAGCAAAGAUGGUGCGAGUGUUCAUCAGUGCAGCGUCUAUAGAUUCAGAGACAGAGAGAAAUGCCCUGAUGGAGCGAGUUUAUCCCAAGCUACGAGAACAUUGCGCCCUCAACGGCUACGAGUUUGAGGCCAUUGAUCUUCACUGGGGAUUGUGGGACCCUAAGCUUCAAGAUGAACGAUUUCUGGAUCAGUGUUUACGAGAAAUCAAACUUUGUCAGGCUACCUCAACUGGUCCCAACUUCAUGUCUUUCCUGAAUAUGAAGUACGACCGGUGUAAGACACCUGUUCGCGUCUUGGCCUCUGCGUUUGACCGUCUUCUCAAGAAAGUGGCCGGUGAAGAGGACAGGAGUCUACUGACUAAACACUACAGUCUGGACUCCAACGCCGUGCCGCCGGUCUACCUGUUCCAGGGGAGGGCAACAGAAGAUGAGGCAGAGAUGAUUUGUGAAAUCUUGAGGAGUUCAUGGGGAAAGGAGGAGAAGGAACGAUACAUGGCUUCUGUUGCUGAGAUGGAGAUCGACGAAGGUGUCUUUUGUCCGACGAGCGUCAGCGAUGCGGUCAUCUGGCUCCAUCGCCGCUUCACUCGCAUCGAUCACAACGACGAGACGGCCAGCAUCUACCUCGACCUCUCACCAGACAAUAAAGAGGCGGACACUCACUCUCACGAGCAACUCGCUCAACUCACCAAGAGACUGGUUGCCAAGGUCAACGAGGGAAACUUUUUUAAGUUUGACAUCCCGUGGAGCCCUAAGGGACUCGACCCAGAUGGGAUCUCCACCCACGCUAAAUACAUCGAUGAGGUGUGCCUGAAGACGCAACAGAUGCUGACAGAGUUGAUCGACAGGGCAAUAGCGGAGAGGAUGGAAGAAGAUGUUAUGGCUAAGACUGUGUGUUCCGGAGACUUCAUCAUUUCGCAAGAAACGCAUCGGAGGUUGUACCACGAACUCCAACAUCACACUCUAUUAUGCCAGCGUCACUCAGACACAUUCCACGGUCAGUCCAACCUCCUGAGCUGCAUCCGAGAGUACCUCAGCAGCGACACCCAGUCUCCUCUGAUCCUCCACGGAGGGACGGGAUGCGGGAAGAGCGCCCUCGCUGCAAUUUCAGUCAAGCUGUGCAGUCAAGUGUUACCGCACAGUGCCUGCGUGGUCAGGUUUGUUGGAGCUACCCCGGAGUCGUCUACACCGAACCAACUGCUGAGGAGUGCGUGUGAGCAGAUUGCAUACCUGUAUGGUGAACAUAUAUCUGUUGCAUCGAAGGGAGCUAAUCGGUUAAGCAAGGACUUACCAACGCUGCUGAAGCGCGUGACUGAACACCGCCCCCUAGUGGUGGUUCUUGAUGGCAUUGACCAGUUUGCCUCAUCUGGGGAUGCCACAGCUGCAUUUAACUGGAUCCCGGACGUACUACCAGAGAAUGUCAAGAUGAUUCUUACAAUGAGAAGCAAAGACUUUGAAGGAUUUAGUCAUCUCAAGAGUUUAUUGCGGGACAGCGCAAGCUUUGUGGAGGUACCCCAACUGUCCAGAAAGGAUUCCACCAAGAUGGCCGACGGUCUGCUCAAGAGUCAUGGGAGAACAUUGAGCGAUACACAGUCUCAGUUACUACGAGAGGCUGUCAGUGGUUGCCCCACGCCACUCUUUGUGAAAUUAGCAUGUCACGAUGCCUGUCAAUGGCGUAGUUACGAUGACAACAGCAAGACAACGUUGCAGAAGGACAUAAGUGCUCAAAUGAACAUGUUCUUUGAUAGAAUAGAACAGAGAUAUGGUAAAACGGCAGUCAGUCAUUCUGUGGGAUAUUUAUGUGUAGCGCGAGAUGGUCUAUCAGAUGCAGAAAUGAAUGACUUAUUAUCCUGCGAUGACGCAGUACUAGAUGAGGUCUACUCCCGCAAGAGACCGGUGCUACGCAGGGCACCAACGUACCUGUGGGUCGCCAUUUGUCAAGAGCUUGCGCCGUUUCUCCUGGAGCGUGUAGUUGACGAUCGCUAUUUGAGAACUUGGGCUAAUGUCUGUUUGAAGGAGCUCGCCGUGAAGCGAUACGUGUUGAGCUCACAGACCAGAGUACAGCUACAGAAGAAUAUCUUGGACUACUACCAGAGUCGUUGGGCAAAGAAUAAGAAGAAGCCUUUUGUUAAAGAAGGGGGAAUCGAAGUUCUUAUGGAUAGGUUUAUUUUACCGCAGCCCUCAAUCUAUGGUACUUUCCCGAACAGGCGAAGGUACAGAGAACUUGUGUACCACGCCUUCUGCAGUGGAGAGAAGAAAUUCGCCGACAAGUAUAUAUGGGAUAUAGAGUGGUUCCGAAGCAAGUUAGAGCAUAAUGAUGUGUACAGUGUAAUGGAAGAUGUGGUACUAGCCCAAAGUAAAGACAACAAUAACUCGGACUUGCAGAUGUUGAUGGAGUUUCUUCAACUGUCUGCGUAUAGCUUGUCCACCGACGGUGCUCAGCUAUUCACACAGCUAAGACAACGUCUUAGUGGUGGUGUCCUCGAGAAAAAGGGAUCCAUCUACCCUAAGAUGCAACAAUUAUUUAAGCAGGCUGCGAAGCCCCCAGUGUGCAAUUUUGUCCCGUCGAGGGACUGUUUACUUAAACUAGAUGCCAAGUCCCCAGAUGAACCCACGACGACACCCAAGCAUAUCUUCUCCGGGUUGUUCAGGGUAACGACGAGCGACACGUAUAUGGUUUCAGUCGCAACAGACGUAGGAGAACUCAAAGUCUGGAAUAUCACAACACAAAAGUGCGUCCGAACAUUACGCAACCUGACGUGUCCGCGCGAUGUGCGCUUCAUCGACAGCCAUCGUGUGGUCGUACUGUGCAACCGAGAACUUCUCAUCUUCAACAUCGAUACGGGUAGCUUUGAAACCAAAUUGAAAGGCAUCAUGAAUCAGAAGAUGCCGUACUACGCCAUGAGCGACAACGAGCAUGUGGUGGCGCUCUCGCGCAACCGAAUGUACGUCAAUAUGAUCAACGUGACCAGCGGGGAUGUGGUGUCCACGUUUAAAGUUGGCGAGGAUCGUUUUCUGAACAGCCUGUUAGUCAGCGCCAACGGCCACCGUUGUGUUUGCGGGGAUGAUACGCAGAAACCGAGUCCUCUCCUAGUGUGGGAUCUGUCGGCGAGGAAGUUGAUUCAUGAUUUCAGGAUUAAUCAGCAUGAGUUUGUGACCCGAAUGGCAGCCAUCUCUAACGAUGGUCACUAUGUAGUCUCUGUUAUCAAGGAACUGGACGACCCAAGCCGUAACUUCAUCAUCGUGUAUGACCUCCAGAGUGGUCAACAAUUCAAGAAGUGGAAACCACUGGCUAAUACAACCUGUGUGGCCAUCUCAUCAGAGGGUCAGUGUGUGGUCAAUGGGUGUGAGGAUUGCUCCAUCCUGGUCUGGGAUCUAGCUUCGGGAUCACUCAAGUACACACUGUACGGUCACACCCAUACAAUAGACAGCAUCUACUUGAGUGAAGAUGGAAAGAGAUGUGUUAGCAACGAUUCCACAAAGAUGGAUAGAAGCGUAAGGAUGUGGGACCUACAACAGGGUACAAGCAUUGCGACAUUCACCCCAGAUUACCCAAUCAGCUGUUGUCAAAUCUCGGCCAGCGGGGACUGCGCUGUGAUUGGUUUACCAGGCCAUGCCUCCAUCAUCACUCUCUGGUUGCGUUCUAAAGACAUCGACACCACCAGGGAAGAUAAGAAAGUCUACGGCGAUGCCUCCAGGACCGGCAGCGAGUUUGAUAUGAGCAACGUCAACUAAAACAAAUGGAGUAAAAAUUACCAACAAAAUUGUAGUUAAAGAAUUCUGUAGUUAAUAAAGUCUCGGUAACUCGAUCCUCGUCAGUGAGUAUCUCUUGUGGCUAAAAAAUCUGUGAAAUUAAAGCUUGUUUAGAUCAAAAAAAGUUCCAGAGGAAUGGACGCAGCAAACUUAAAAUGUUUUCAUUCUAUGCUAUGCAUGAAAUAAACUGUUGGGGUUAUUUUUCAGUUGGCACUGUCAUCGGGAAGAUCCAGAGUUGAAAAAGUAUUGUAAACGUUGACACAGUUCCAAAUCUAAAGAAGAUUUUGGCCAUAAAACCUCAAUUCACAUUAACUCUAUAUCAAGUAACUAUCAUGUAUACGAUAUAUUUGCCAACCCUUUGUUUUUUAAUAGCACACCUUAUUCACUCCUUUAACUGCAAAGAAUUGUGAAAUUUAAGAGCUGUCAAAACAGAAAAAAUUUCAGAAGUAAGAUUACCUACAGCAAAAAAAAGGCAUCUUUAUAUCUGCAAAGGGUAGCCUUAAAGAGCUGGAUAACACAUGAACAAAUAUAUAAAGAUAUGUCAAGCAAAGUGCACGGUGACACUCAAUGCCACUUGAACCUGAAAAACAACCACCUUUAGGAAAUUCAUGAGCACUUUACUGGUAACUAAGACAAAAUGCACAUCACACGGAACGGAACAAGAUCCAAAUAAGAGAGUGUUUUAUUAUCCGCUGACGGCAAAAGAUCUAAAGAUUGUUUCAUCCUUUGGAUCUUGUUGCAUGGAGUGUUUUAAAGGUAAAAGCAAAUGCAUUAAUUGCAUGAAUGAUUUUGUCCAGCCAUGCAUAUAACUCUAUCAUCAUCGUCAUGUCCAUGUGUGGAUACCAGUAUCGUUGAAUAGGCAAUGCUAGAGUUUGUGAUUUGGGGCCCAGACUAUAUGCCUUAUAUUUUAAAAGGGUUGCAAGUAUGUUUUUUUUUUAAAGUUCAAACAAUCUUGAGAAGUGCUGUGUUUUUCGCUGGUGAAGAAGAAUUUCCUGGUCAUUGUAAUGAAGUGUUUGGGAAAACAUAAAUGUCUGAAACAAAAUUAUGUAUUUGUUUGAGGAACAAAUAUUGUCUCUUUUAAAGUGGAUUCAAUUUUUAUGAAAGUAGGUGUGCUAUUUGAUAACACACGCAGUGUUUUAAUGGGCAAAUAUUUUGCUCCAUUUCUAUUGUACAGUACAAAACAAUAUUACUAUUGCUGAUAGCUGGACAUUAUGAUACGGUACAAUGUAGAUUUGUUGUGUAUAUAGUUAUUUAUAGAUUGCAGAUUGUAGGUAGCUGGGGCCAACUUUAUAUAGCUGCUUUUAAAAGUACAAAUUUUGCUGUGAAGUACCAAAAUAGCUGGCUUAUUUAACACAUGUUACUGGCCAAAUUUCCAUGUCAUAUACAUUGCUUGUAACUGGUAUUUAGCUGUCGUUAACUUAGCAUA